AUGGAAAAUAAUAAUAAUAAUUUAGAAGAUAUUGAAACAUUUAUUGACGAGAGUAAUGAAAUAUUAUUUUGGAAAUUAUUUAGAAAUAAUAAUAAUAAUUUUGAAGAUAAUGAAACAUGUAUUUACGAGAAUAAUAAUGAAAUAUUAUUUUGGAAAUUAUUUAGAAACAUAGUAAUUUAUAAAAAGAUAUUCUCAUUUAUGGAUAGUCGAUUCUCAAUUAAUUAUGAUUCAAUGUCAUCAAUAUCAAAUCUUAUAAACAAUAAUCAUUUCAAUAUAAUAAAAGAAAAAGUAUAUAGAAAUUGUAGAUAUUUACACUAUACUUCAAAUAAUUGUAAAAUAGAACCUUCUUUGUUAUUUGUUAAAUUAUUUUCAAAUAUUAAAGAUGAUGAUUAUAGAUUAUAUAGAAACUUUUUAAAUAGUGAUAAUUGCUAUUAUGAUUCACAUUCAACUAUAUCAAAAGCAUUAAUUUUAUCAAAGAAAUUAGAAAUAAAUAAAUUAUAUAUAAAUGAAUUCGAUUAUAAACCAACAGAAACAGAUCUUUUUUAUUCAAUUAUAAUAGGAUUGUUAUGUUUUUUUAAUAUCAUUGAUGAUCAUAGUUAUGAAGGUUAUGAAAAGAAUCAUCAUCAAAUAGCAAUAGAUGACCUCGUUUAUUCUUUUACUAAUAAUCCAUAUGCUAUCGAUAAAGAUCCUGGUUUUAAUGAAACUCAACAUUGA